AUGAAGUUUGCACAUUCUUUAAAAUUCAACGCUGUACCUGAAUGGUACUAUUUGAAGUAUUCAACGUUGAAGAAAACCAUUUAUGAGUUGCAACAAGACCAAAUUGCUUAUAAUGGGAAUCAAGACCAAGGUUAUAUUGUUGGUAAAGAAACAACCACGGUAACUGAAUUGGUGGAUAACUUUGAGGCUAAUUACUCACCUUCAUCUAAAGGUAGUGGUGGAAGCAGUAGUAGCAGUAAUAGUGACUCGAUUGAGGAAGGUUCAAGUUACAAUGACGAUUCUGAUGCCAAGAUAAAUUCAAAUGAAGGAAUGAAGAAUAGGUUAGCCAAGAAACUCAACUUGUUGCAAAAACUUAAAAAGAAUAAACCAUUUCGAAAUAGUACCAACAGUAGCAGUGCCAGCGAUAUCGAGUUGAAUCACAUCGAAUUUGAACAGAAUGACAAAGACGGAAAAGGGGUGGGUGAAAAUGGUGAUGUGCGUUCAUAUUCCGCUGAAGUUGUCAGUUUAUCAAAUGGUGGUGCAUCCUCUUUUACUAAAGAUGAUGAUGUUGUUGCACAUUUCAUUAACGACCCCAACGAAUCAUUUGCUAAUCCAAACUCUCUAGAGUUUGAUCCCUUGCAUGUGUUUACCAAACAGUUGUUGAUUGAAUUGACCAAGAUUAAUGAUUUUUACAAGGGUAUUGAAAAGGACAUUUUUGAACUGUAUGAUCGAUUGAAUAGUGAAAGUGAACAGCUUCGUAUCAAAAAUGCUUUGGAAUCUGAGCCAGAAAUUAAACAUCAUCACAGCAAUAGUAUAGAACAGCAUCACAGCCACGACCCAGAUCAUUAUGGCGCCGAUUUGGAAAAGCAAAGUGUAACUGUACAAGUUGUGCAUGAUGAUUCUGAUGAUGAGGAAGAAGAGGAUGAUGAUGAUAAGAAUAGUAAUACCGACUCAGUCUUACUCGGUGAAGCUCAUUUUAAUGAAAACCACAAGUAUUCGGUCACCAAAAAGAAACAGUGUUUGGCAAUGUACAUUCGAUUAUCCGAAUUGAAGUCAUAUAUUGAAUUAAAUCGUGUUGGGUUUGCCAAAAUUUGUAAAAAAUUUGACAAAGUUUGUGGGUAUGCAAUAACUCAAGAUUUUUGUCAAUACUUUUUGCAAUUGCAUUCAUAUGUCUUUCAGCCACACACUAUUGAAUCCAUCGAUACCAAACUUGAUCAAGUUGUGCGGAUCUAUGCAUUUUCAUUGGGCAGAUUAUACUCUUAUUCUACUAAGCAUGAUUUGGAACCAAUCAAGAACGAAUUACGGUCUCACUUACGUGAUCAUAUAGUUUUCGAAAGAAACACUGUGUGGAAGGAUUUAUUAUCGUUGGAAAAACAAUCGUACAACUUAGACUUGGAUGAAAAUGCUGUACAAAGUAGCAAGAUUGGUGAGGAAGGUAAUAUCGCCAACUCGUUAAUGAAGAUGAAGAUGAAGGAAAUUGAACUUCCAAGAUAUCUCAGUGGCAAAAUUGUUUCAGUACCUGCAUUUUUAUUCACUAGUCAAAUCUUGAAAAUCAUCAUCACAGCAGUGGUGUUCGCCAUUUUAAUGUCAGUAAAGACUUUCAAUGACCCCGUACAAGGAAGAAGUUUAGCUGUGCUUGUUGCUUGUGCCAUGUUGUGGGCAUCUGAAGCUAUUCCGUUGCAUACCACCGCCAUGUUUGUUCCAUUGCUUGUUGUCACUUGUAAAAUCUGUAAAGUGUCUGGUACGGAUGAGCCAAUGACGUCUCCUGAUGCUGCACAGUAUAUUCUCAGCACCAUGUGGAAUUCAACCAUCAUGAUAUUGCUUGGUGGGUUCACACUUGCUGCUGCGUUAUCAAAAUACAAUUUGGCCAAGAUCCUUUCAUCUUGGAUCUUGGCAGCUGCUGGAACUAAACCAAGAAACAUCAUCCUUGCCAAUAUGAUCAUCUCAAUGGUUCUUUCGAUCUUUUUAUCAAAUACUGCCGCUCCUGUUAUUGCAUUGAGUUUGGUACGGCCAAUGCUCAAAACUAUUCCCUCAGACCAUCCAUUCACCAAAGCAUUAAUUUUGGGAAUUGCAUUUGCUUCAAAUUGUAGUGGAAUGCUGUCUCCAAUCAGUUCACCACAGAAUGUCAUUGCAUUGCAAGAAAUGACACCAAACCCAGGUUGGCAAAUGCUUGAAGUUAGUUUACCAACCACAAUUGUGGCUGUUUUUUUCAUUUGGUUGUUGCUUAUUUCAACGUUCAAAAUCAAUACUCUCAAGUUGGCUAAAAUUUCACCAAUUCGAGAAAAACUAACCACUAAACAAUAUUUUGUCCUUUUGAUUGCAAUUGUUACAAUCCUUUUGUGGUGUGUAAUUGAAAAAAUUCAAGUCAAUUGGGGCUCAAGUGGUAUCGUCACUUGUUUUGCCUAUGUCAUGUUUUUCGCCACUGGAUUACUUACAGUUGACGACUUGAACAAUUAUCCAUGGUCAAUCAUUGUCUUGGCAAUGGGUGGUAUUGCGUUGGGUAAAGCAGUUGGUUCAUCUGGUCUUUUAUCAACAAUCGCGAUUGCAUUGCAAAAACGUAUUAUGGAUUAUAGUGCUUAUGUUAUUUUGCUCAUUUUUGGAAUUAUUGUUCUUGUGUUUGCCACAUUCGUUUCACAUACAGUUGCAGCAUUGAUUAUCGUUCCAUUGGUUAAAGAAGUUGGUGACUCUUUACCAAAACCACAUCCAAAUUUGUUAAUUUUGGGUACUGCAUUAAUUGCAUCUUGUGCAAUGGCAUUACCAACUUCAGGAUUCCCCAAUGUGACUGCAAUUAGUAUGCGAGAUGAAUUGGGAAGACCUUACUUGACUGUUAAUGAGUUUAUUUCAAGAGGUGUGCCAGCAUCGAUUAUUGCAUAUUUGUGUGUGAUUACCAUUGGAUAUGGAGUCAUGUCAUCAAUUGGUUAUUAA